AUCAGAAUAGGCAAGCAUCAUGGCCACUGUUAUUCCACCACCUUCUAAGAAGCAGAAGAAAGAGGCUCAAAAAGUACGAGAAGUUGAUCUCGUUCCUGAUGAUUUACCUAAUGUUCUAAUUAAAUUUCAAGCAUCGGAUACAGGAGAAACCACCGGUGGAUCUAUACGAGUUCCUGGAGGAAUCACCGAGAAGCAAUUAGAAGAAUUAUUGAAUAACUUACAAGGAGAAAGUGAUGAUCCUGUUCCGUAUACUUUCUCCCUUUUAACUGACGAAGAGAAAUCUACUACUGUUGACAUUAAGGACAAUUUAUACAGUUCGGUGUUGAAGCCGGGGAUAAAAACCACCGAAGACUUCUUAACGUUAGUGUAUACCCCACGAGCAGUGUUUAAGGUUAAACCAAUCACCAGGUCUAAUGCUGCCAUUGCUGGUCAUGGAUCUACAAUUUUAUGCUGUCAAUUUGCCCCUAAUGACUCCGGCAGAAUGUGUUCUGGAGCUGGUGAUUCAACCGCAAGAAUUUGGGAUUGUAAUACUCAAACCCCAAUGCAUACUUUACUGGGACAUACCAACUGGGUUUUAGUGGUGUCAUAUUCUCCCGAUGGUAGCAUGAUUGCUACCGGGUCUAUGGAUAAUACUGUGAGAUUAUGGGAUGCGGCAACUGGUAAACCAUUGGGUAAACCACUUUUAGGGCAUACUAAAUGGGUCAGCUCAUUGACUUGGGAACCAUUACAUUUGGUUAAACCCACCGAUAGUCCAAGAUUAGCCUCUGGAUCUAAAGAUGGCACGAUUAAAGUAUGGAACACCAGCACUCGUACUUGUGAAUUCACCAUGAGUGGCCAUACCAAUGCCGUCAGUUGUGUCAAAUGGUCGGGAAGUAAUAUAAUAUACAGUGCAUCACACGACAAGACUAUCAAGGCGUGGGAUAUAAGUGCCACCGGAAAGUGUAUCCAGACAUUAAAGAGUCAUGCCCAUUGGGUUAACCAUUUGUCGAUUUCUACUGAUUAUGUGUUACGUAAAGGUGGAUUUGAUCAUAAUUCAACUAGAACCAACACUGAAACUCGUGAGCAAUUGAGAGCCAAGGCAUUACAGCAAUAUGAAAAAGUAGCCAUGUUAAAUGGGGUUAUUAGUGAACGAUUAGUUACCGCCAGUGAUGAUUUCACCAUGUACUUGUGGGAACCGCUUAAAUCUUCCAAGCCAGUGUGUAGAAUGACGGGACACCAAAAGUUGGUUAACCAUGUGUCGUUUUCGCCUGAUGGUAGAUACGUUGUUUCUAGUUCGUUUGACAAUUCGAUCAAGUUGUGGGAUGGUAUAAGAGGGACUUUUGUAUGCACAUUAAGAGGACACGUUGCGCCAGUGUACCAAACUGCGUGGUCUGCUGAUAACAGAUUGUUAGUUAGUUGUUCGAAAGAUACUACUUUGAAGGUGUGGGAUAUUCGUACCAAGAAGUUGAGCGUUGAUUUACCAGGGCAUGCCGAUGAGGUGUAUGCUGUUGAUUGGAGUAUGGAUGGUAAGAGAGUUGCAUCUGGAGGUAAAGAUAAGAUGAUUAGAUUAUGGUCGCAUUAGAUAGAUAAGCUAGUAGGACAUGUAGACUAGCGGUAGGCACCAAUAAACCAGUAGCUAGCU